AUGCCGACCGCGAGCGACAAAUUCCGCGCCGACGGACCCGCCAAACGUGAGAUGAUCGACGGAGGAACCACGGCCGACGACAGCAGCGCGGACGAGAUAGAAACUGUCCGAGGGACCCCCCGAAUACGACGCAAGAGUACCUUCUCGGACACGGCCGCAUUACUGGACACCGUCCGCAAAUGGGGAUGUCAGUUCGACGGAAAGGACGGCGUCGCAUUCCUAGAACGCCUCGAGGAUCUGCGCCUUAGCUACGGGCUGACACAGGCACAAUUGCAGCGAUGCCUCCCGCUGAUUUUCAAAGACCAGGCGCUACUCUGGUAUCGAAAUAACCGGGACGACUGGAGAAGCUGGGCAGACUUCGAGAAGGACUUCCGGCGGUACUUCGUACCCACCAAGACCCGCUUCGAGCUGGAGGCCAAAAUCGCCCGCCGGAUUCAGGGGCCGAACGAGACCGUACGAGAGUACGUGACAGCACUCCAGACCCUGAUGCGCCGACGGAGGAAUAACCACGGAGGACCGCCUGGAACGCAUCUACCAUAA